GGGUGUAUCAACUUAUAAAUUGUAUAAUUAAAGCUUCCGUACUGUGCAAAUGGUUACGUCACUCUCACGUGACGGCCAGCAUGCCCUCCUUCGGGACGGGGUGUGUCAAAUACACUUUGUUAAUUGUUUCAAAUGAAUAUCGAUAAGUUUUUUAAUUUUAAUUGUGGUAAUUUUACACAAGGCAUAUAAAUGUUGUUUUUAUUCCCGGUCAAAUGAUUCGGGUGGUUUUUUUGUAACCCAAAAAUUACCUUAGAACCCGUAAUUUAAUAAGGCCCAAAUGCAGCCCAGUUCACAGCCAUAGAGAUCUCCGCCUCGACGCCAAAAACUUCCGUUAUGAUUUCAAUCGCGAGGGAAGAAGUGUCAGGACUCCUCCAGAGGCAUGCAUGCAGCCGCUGAAACACCGACAGGUGCCCCGUCACAUUUAUCACCCUUUCACUCCUCUCUCUCUCUGAUCACAGCAAAACAAUGGCCGUUUUUGUUUCCUUCCUCCCCUCUCGCUUUCCUCUUUCCCUAUUUAUAUUUGCUCUGCGCCCCUCCUCUCCUCCUCACCUUCGCUUUCACCUCUCUCCCUUUUCUGAUUUGCUCCGCCGUCAACCUCUUUUGUCUCGCCGGAGCCUCCAGUCACAGCCAUGCGCAACACCAUUCAGGACACCCUCGCUGCUCACCGCAAUGAGCUCGUUUCUCUUCUCUCCAGGUAUGUUGCUCGAGAAAAUGGGAUUCUGCAACCCCAUCAAAUGAUAAACGAGCUCGAAAACGUGAUCAUGGAGGAUGAAGGCAUGCAGAAGCUCAAAGAUAGCUCCUUCAGCAAAGUCUUACAGUCUGCUCAGGAAGCAAUUGUCCUGGCACCUUUCGUGGCUUUUGCCCUUCGUCCAAGGCCUGGUGUUUGGGAGUAUGUUCGAGUUAAUGUGUAUGAACUUAGUGUGGAUCAUUUGAGUGUUGCUGAAUUUCUUCGGUUCAAGGAAGAGCUUAUGGACGGAGAGUGA